AGGUUGUCGUGUCCUGCAACGACGAAGACAACGGAAAAACGCUGGGUCGCGCUUCAGCUUCGUAUAUUCGACUUGACCAUUGUCUAUGUAUCGGCUAUAUAUUGAAACCAAACAGGCCCUAGCUUCUCGCUUCUCAGACAUCUAAUCAAACCUUGUCGCUUCGUCUUGCAAGAGAUGUAUCUCUGUAUACCGGCUAGACGAAUACAAACCUUGUCACUUUUCCGCCGCUCAGCGCUCAGCAUCCGGUCUAUGUGGGUGGACAUUGUAAGAGUCAGAUACAUCUGAGAGAAGCACUAUGCUACAUAUGCAUCAUUGAAUCUGUUCCUGCAAAGCAUGACAACGUCGGGGUACCUCGGUCGCAGCGACGGUUCGUUUUCGAACACGCAUCACCGACGCUGCUUCCCGCCCUUCGUUCCUCCUCUCACCACCCUCCACCCUUAGGUCUUUAGCCCCACGCUUGUUUGAUUUUGUAUAUACAAUACGCAAUAUCUCAGUUCCAUAAUCGCGUCCCCCGAAGGGGUCAAGCGCGCCUUCCCUUGACUAGUAAAAUGUCGUGUCCGAUAUGCAAGAAGACUCCAGAAAUAUGGUCUUCAAUUUCAUGCGGACAUGUUUUUUGUGAACAUUGUAUUACAGCGCAUGUACAAACUACCCAAGCCCGAUUGGAGGACGCCGGUGUCGCAAACGACGCGUCGUCAACUAUCAAUUGCCCUUACUGCGGUGUUCGCAUCGACCGCAACGAUAUACGCCAGUUGCAGCUUCCUAGAGAGUUGUUGAAGUUACCAAACAGAGUACAGGAACUCUCUGUAAGCCUGGGUGGUUCAAGGAGACUUCACAGAUACUGGAACAGACGCGGCGUCACUGCCAGCAAACGAGCUGCUGAGUUAGAUGACGAAUUGACUCGAGCACGGCAGAACGAAACAAACCUGCGCACUACAGUCGCGGACAUGCAAAUGCAAAUAGAUGACAUUACAGCUCGUCUAGAAGCCACUCAACUGGAUCUUUCUCGCACCAGACAAGAACGAGAACAAGAGGUUACUCGACUUAGUGAGGAGCUGCAGGCGGCUUCUUACGAAGCGCGACUGCAUUCUAUCGUCACCUCUGCUUUGAGCCUUCGUGCUUUGACUACGGACCGGGAACUCUCUGAGCAGAGGGGUCUGACAGAGCACUGGAGAGCGCGAUAUGAUGAGUUUGUGCGCAACGUCAGGCAUUUCAGACGAAGUGAAAAUGCAGCGGAUGCAUUGAUGAGCGGUAGUGUUUCCUCAGUCAGCCCUUCUAGGAGUCGUCGUGAAAGCACCUCCAGUUCAACUUCCUUCGCUUCGUGUGCCAGCGCUCUCAGUGGUCCACUCUCCCCACUUGCAUUCCAGCCAACGUCUAGACUCAGACAUUCCACUCGCCUCCGGGAUCAUGCUCCACAUAGACCUACCACUGAAUCAAGGUUCACGGUGCAAGCGUACCCCAAACCGAUGGCCCCAGUCGUAACCCAAAAUGUGCCCCACUGUGAAGUCGUGACGGGACAUGUCUGGAGCACAGCAGGCUCCAACGGCUUCAUGAGAAAAUUCACUUGCGCACAUUGUCGUAUUAUGGUAAAAGAGCGCAAGUCCACCGUUGAUGGAGUGCUCGUGUGGGUUCCCGUCAGUUGUUAGAUCUCUCAUUUCUUCGUUUGCUUUCUUCGCUGCCUUCUCAGUCCUGUCACGUUUCUGUGACGUCACGCGUUGUUCUCUUUGUUCUCUUUGUUCUCGUAUUUCGUUUGCUUAGAGCGUGCUAUUCAACAUUGUACUGAUCCUUCUGCUUUACUUGCAAUCUAAAACACAUCCGUCUCUCCCGUUC